UCCCUAAACAGCUCCAGCAUUAAUUUUUCUGCCUCCGGACACAUCUUCCACAACUCUCCUCUACGACACAAUGUAAACAAAGCAGCGCGCGGCUGGACAAGACCAACCUGUCGGUCUUGUUGGCUGGGCUGGCAAUUCCAGCCGCCAGGCACAAAAGUCCAGCAGGCGGAGCAACGCAGCUUGCGGCGGCUGGCAACUCAGCAGCGAAUUGCCAAGUGUGAUCCCGCCUUUAUGAUCAUACCGAUGGCGAUGAAAUACAAGUGACGAGAAUGGUAAUGAUGACGAUGAUGGCAACGAUGACGAUGAAGAUAUAAAUCAUGUAAAAGUCACAGGAAAAUAGUGAAGGAGAACUGGCAGAAGUGCACUGGUGGCUCGUGAUGCAGCACUAAGUGAUCUCCUUAUCCCGCCCACCCACCGGUCUCCUCACCACUUGCCCCCGAUAAAGACCACGACUGUAUCCUCCUCUGGCCAUAAGUCAUCCAGCUGCCUAUACCGGUGCUGUGUGGUCGCCACGUCGUCGCUUCUGAAAAAUACGAAUAAUAUAUCAAGACGAGACGAGUGACAACAACCGACCGAUGAUACGAAAUUCAAGUGUGGCCGCGUGACAACAGGCAGCCAGCUUCAACAACAUGGACGGAAAACUUUCGCCAGAAGAGGGCAAGAAGAGAGAGGAGAGCAAGGAAGGGUACAUAACAAGAUGGAAGAGUGUUAUUCCUUGCCCUCCUGUGCCAGACACAAACCUUGCUUCUUUCCUUUUGAGAGAGAUGGCCAACCAUGGAGGAAAGCAGGCAUUGGUCGACGCCGUCACUGGACAGCACUACACCUACAGCGACAUAUGUGCGAUGGUGCCGCGCGUGUGUGCCAACCUUGCCGCAGCGGGCGUGAGUGCCGGGGAUGCGGUGCUGCUCGUCUCCCCAAAUGGCAUAGAAUUCCCCAUAGCCCAGUUGGCUAUCCAGCUCCUCCCCGCCACCUGUGUGGCAGCAAGCCCCUUUCUCUCUCCAGACGAGCUGGUCCACGUGAUGAGGGUGGGUAUGGCGCGCUGGGCUGUGGUGGACGAGAGUGUGUUGGGAGUGAUUGAAAAGGUCACUACCAUGCUCCCCAACACCCUAAGAGAAAUAUGGGUGAUAGGUUCCUCCUCCAAAAGCCACCCUUCCUUCUAUUCACUCAUGAAGACGGAAAGAUGGGCUGCCUGGCCACCGCAAGUAGAGAACUCUUCCUUCAACCCAGCAAGGGAGGUGGCCUUGAUGCAGUUUUCCUCAGGGACAACAGGUCUCACCAAAGGUGUAAUGCUGUCUCAUCGCAACUUGCUCACACUCUACAUGCAAGUCAAAUAUUUUGUGGAGGAUGUGGACAAUAAAAAGAAGGCCAGUGGUGAACCUGACUCUGAAGCAGAUAUAUUGAGCAGGGUGCUUCUGUUCAUCCCUCUACACCACAACUAUGCCACUAUUAUGUUUAAUUAUGUUGUCAUUGUUGGCGGUUGUUGUGUGAUGAUGAAAACGUUCUCCCCACAUUCCUUUUUCAACGCGUUGCAAAAAUAUAAGAUUACGUAUGCGCCUAUUGUGCCGCACAUCGCCAACUUCCUGCUCCACACACCCUUGCUGAAGGAAUACGACAUCUCCUCCCUCAAGUCGCUGGUUAGUGCAUCAGCCCCGCUUCCACCCUCGACUAAACAGGCCCUCACAACAAGGAUGGACUGUGCCAUGAGACAAGGUUACGGGCUUACUGAGACCUGCGCAACCGUCGCUUCCACAAUCCCACAUGUUUAUUCCAAGAUGGGUUCAGUGGGACGUGUGAUGCCCUACCUGGAGGUGAAGAUCGUGGCUCCAGAGAGUAGUAAGGGACUCCCGCCAGGGGAGGAGGGGGAGGUGUGGGUGAGGAGCCCAGCGAUAAUGCUGGGGUACGCCAACGUCCCAGGAGCGACCGCCUCCCCAUCAGCACUGAAGGAAGGGGGAUGGCUGCCCACGGGAGACCUCGGCCACUGUGACCAUGAAGGUUUCCUUUUCAUCACCGACAGGAUCAAGGACAUGAUCAAAGUGAAGGGCUUCCAGGUGUCUCCCAGAGAACUGGAGGAUGUGCUACGAAGGGUGGAGGGGGUGAGAGAAGUGGCGGUGAUAGGGGUGCCGUCCCCCCGCCUGGGUGAAGCCCCUCGAGCCUAUGUGGUGCCCCUCCCUGGAGAGGCGACUCCCUCCUCACAGGUCUUGAAGGAUUAUGUGGCAGCAGCGCGCCUGCCGCCACACAAGCACCUAGCUGGCGGCGUGCAGGUGGUGGACGCCAUCCCCAAGAACUCCAUUGGCAAGGUACUCAAGAGGCGCCUUCGCGACGAGUACCUCAGGGCUGAGGCGGCCAAGAAGACUGCUGGUCCGCCCUCCAAACUGUGACGCCUCACUCUGGUGGAGGUGGAGCUUGAAGUGUGUACUGGUAGCACUUUUUCUCCCGAGGAAUAACCCGUUCAGGUCACCAGACUUCAACCUGCCCUUUUCCCAGAAGUUGAGAGUGAUCUUUCAAUACGGCCGGACAAUUUCGCUGUGUGUUAUCUCCCUUUGUACAUAAAUUUUGGAAGUACACAUACCUUGGGUAUAAGGCGAGUGUGAAUUUCCCCCGGCUCCCAUCGUAACUAACUUUGACUUACAGUGACAGCUGGUACUUCUUCGUGAGUAGCUGAGGAAGGAAGGGAACAUUACGUCAGCCACAUUCCGUGCUGUAAAAAGCACAAGGACGUAACAUCUUUAUAGCAUUAUAUACCUGCAACUCACAAAGAAACUGAGAUGGCUUUAUGAAUAAUAAAAGGGAAAAACUAUCAUAAAAAGAUUCAUAUUUUUAUACAUAAUACACUCCAGAAACAAGUUUAAUUUAAUGUAGUGUAAAAUAAGCGUGAUGAAUGCGCUGAAUACCAAACACAGUGGAAACGUUUAAGGGAAGAGAUCAUAAAUGUUAUACCCUUUUUUUCAUUUUUUUUUUUUUUUUUCGCUCCUUCUCUUCUGUAAAUGAAAUAUGAUAUGGAAUGACCGUAGGUCAAUGUGGCAGCCUUCACUAUUGCUUACUUACCUUAAUACAUACUAUUAGCUACUCAAGAAAUAUUCACGACGCGUUAAAGAACUAGAAAGUUUAUUGAGAAGUUUAUUUUUGUUUUAUCAUUAUCGCAGAAGGACAAAUUUUCGUGUGAAGGAGGCAGUUAUCUAUCACGCAUGUGCGCGCGCAUGCGAUAGAUAACUUACCUUUAGGAUUAAUGUUAAGUAUUUCCCCACCCCCUAUGUACAUUUUCAGUUUGUUAACUGUCUAAAUAAUAAACCGUUUAUUAUUA